UCUUUCUUCCGUCUUUGACACUAGUCAUCUAGUCAUUUUCAUUUUAGCACUGAGAUAUUUUCUAUCUCCGUGACUAAUUUGUAUUCUGUGUUUUGAGUUUUCUAUUGACUGAGUGACUGUGAAAAAUAUGUCUGACAAAGAAAACAGGAGGAAAUGCUUUAAAUGCGGCUCUUCACCUGCCGAAGACGGCGUUAAAUUGUUUCGUUUCCCUAAUCCUGGAAGUAGGAACCUGUUUCGGUGCGAGUCAUGGGCAAGAUAUGUAUUUUCCAAUAGAAACUGUACAUUUGAAAUACAAAAAAAACUGUACUCUGAGCAUAGGAUGCUAUGUGGCAGACAUUUUAAAGAUAUAGACUUCAUUGAUGGUGACAAAAAGCUGUUAUCAAGGUCAGCUAUCCCAAGUGAGUGUGGUCCUGCAAUUGUACCGGAAAGUGUUGGAGACGAAAGCAGCGAGGAAAUAGAAUCUGUUCAUUGUGAGGAAUCGCAAAAUGAUAAAAUGUUAGCAUCACCACUUACGUUGAACCCUGACGCAUCUACUCCGGAUUUAGAUUCUCCUAAUGCGUCUGCUACAGACUUAUAUUUCGAUGUUGUACUAAAAGACAUGAAAGACAAGAAAAGACCGAUGACAAAUAUGGAGGACAAUAUUAAUGAGUGUUACGAAUUUUUAAUGGCAUUGGCGAAACCUUUAAGCAAGUUAUCUGAACAAAGACGCCAUGAAUGCAUGCAUCAAAUAGCCUAUAUUGUCAUGGAUAAUACUCGAGAGCAACAACAAUAACAGCAACAGUGGUCACAAACUUGAUAAAAUGUUAUAUUUUAUAUAUACAGGUUGUAACAAAAAUCUUUCUUCAAAGAAAAUUUUUGUAGCAUAAAAGUUCGUUUCGGCCACAAUUAAUUCUAAGACCUCAUCGGUCCAAUAGGAACGGAAAACGUCGUAAGCUGAAUUAAAAUACUGAACCGAAUCAGUACGCUCUGGCUGAAAAAAUUCUUCUUGACUUUGAAAGGUAUCCAUAGAAUACCACUCAAAGUCAAGAUUCUGGCGUUCCACCUCACCUCCAUCACUGGCGUCGACAAAUUCAUCCUAGCUCUCACUAGCAAGUGUAGUAACCCUUUCUCGUUCGGUACUAUCAACCACGGCAUCACCUUGCAAUCUCCUCUGUCGUCUCCUCACUACAUCCGUCGCCAAACUCACCAAUUCGGAAGGAACGACGGCAUCAGUAAGCCAUAAUUAUUUGGUGAAGUGGUUGUCCCACCUCCCACUGCCGUCCUCUACGGCCCCUGUUUGGAUACCCACCCUUACGUGCACUGUCUUCGCACACCCCUGACCCCCCUUCGGCCACCCCUUCUCCCGCUCGUUCUCUAUUGCUGAACGCAUGCAACAACACAACGAGCUCUUUCAUGCUCUACUGUUGCAUACAAUGGGCAUCCGGGGCAAAAAACUCGUCGCCCGUCGGCUGGUCAUAUAAUAAAGGGGCUGGCCGUAAUAUAAAAUGGAUAGUUCGUAGGCCUUGUCUUGUAGAUAACUAAAAAGAGUAAAAUUGC